AUCAAAAAAAUUCUCUUCAGUCUCAAUCUCAUCGUCGAAUUGCAUCCGUCCAUAUCGCGUUGUGUUCUCCACAAGUUUGCAUGUUUAUCCGAUCAUAUAAAUAAAUUAUUUAAUUUUAAAUAUUUGUGUUAGUUAAUAAAAAACUUUAUUUAUAUAAAUAAAAAAAUAAAAAACAUAUCAAUUAAAUGUGCUAAGUAAGAUAUUUCCAAUUAAAAAAAUUAAAUCUCGGACGCGUUGACGUAAAAAAAAAAAAAGCGCGUCGCGAAAUCCUGAGUAAAUAUUCAAAAAAAAAAAGAUAUCAGAAUGUUGGGUAUAAUUGUGCCAUUGUUGAUGUUGGUGAUGAAAAUUGAGGCCAUAGCAGUAUCAUCAGGAUCAUUUAAUGACGAUGAUACAGCGAGACAUUACAAUUCUCGUUAUUCAAUAUAUGAUGAAUCAUAUAAAGUUGAUUUUCGAUAUCAUAAUCAUACAGAAAUGCACAACUUUCUUCGUAAAACAUCAUCACGUUAUCCAAAUUUAACAGCUCUAUAUUCAAUUGGACAAUCUGCUCAGAAACGUGAUUUGUGGGUGAUGGUCGUUUCAUCGUCGCCAUAUGAACACAUGAUUGGAAAACCUGAUAUUAAAUAUGUUGCUAAUAUUCAUGGUAAUGAAGCUGUUGGACGUGAACUCAUGCUUCAUUUAAUUCACUUACUAGUCACUCAAUAUGGCACAGAUGAUUACAUAACUUGGCUGUUAGAUAAUACAAGAAUUCAUAUUUUACCAUCAAUGAAUCCCGAUGGUUUUGAAAUUUCAAAAGAGGGAAAUUGUGAAGGUGGUAUGGGACGGUAUAACUCCCGUGGUUAUGAUCUCAAUAGAAAUUUUCCGGAUUACUUUAAGCAAAAUAAUAAAAAAGUUCAACCAGAAACUGAAGCUGUUAAACAAUGGAUAUCGAAAAUUCAGUUUGUUUUAUCUGGUUCUUUUCAUGGUGGUGCGCUAGUUGCAAGUUAUCCAUUUGAUAAUACUCCAAAUACACUGUUUCAGAGUUACAGAUCACAACCAAGUAUAUCACCUGAUAAUGAUGUAUUUGAACAUUUAUCAAUGGUUUAUUCAACAAGUCAUACAAAAAUGCAUCGUGGUGAAUCAUGCUCAAGAACACAGCCUGGUUUUAAAAAUGGUAUAACAAAUGGUGCUGAAUGGUAUCCAUUAACUGGUGGUAUGCAAGAUUUUAAUUAUAUUUGGAAUGGCUGUAUGGAAAUAACAUUUGAAAUAUCAUGUUGUAAAUAUCCACCAGCAAAUGAGCUAGAAAAAUUCUGGGAGGAAAAUCGUGUUGCACUUGUUAAUUAUUUGGCUGAAGCACACAGAGGUGUUCAAGGAUUUGUCAUUGAUGAAUUUGGAAAUCCAAUUGAGAGAGCUUCAGUCAUUGUCAAGGGUCGUGAUAUAAAAUUUUCAACAACAAAGUAUGGUGAAUUUUGGAGAAUUCUUUUGCCUGGUAACUACAAACUUGAGGUUUCUGCAGAAGGAUACAGUCCAAGUGAAAUUGAUUUUACAGUCAUUAAACAACAUCCAACACUUUUAAAUGUUACACUACACAGCACAAAGAGAUCAUUAGUAAAUCGUGGUGAUAAUUGUGGACCGAGUGAUACUCUCAUUGGGACACAAGUGUCAAUAAACACAGGUCAUCAUGGAAUCAUACUGGGACAUCCCAAACAGGAUUCCAUCGACACCGACUCCAUUGUGUUUCCCUCAUCCUAAAAAAUAACACUUUUUUUUUUUUUGUUUAUUUAUAAUUCAAAAAAACUAGUAGAAUCUAAAUAAUAUGAGUUAUUUAAAUUCUCUGAUUGACAUUAUAUUUAUCUCCAAGAAUAAAAAAUAAAAAGAAAAAAAAAUUAACAAACUAAAUUUUUGUACACAAUAUUAUUG